UUUUUUUUUUUUUUUUUUUCCCACUGCUGAGGGCACUUCCUGACUGUGAGUCAUCACUGGCACUCAGACUGCUAACACAGACUCAACGCUGCACGCGAAAAAGAGGACCAUCUAUGUUCAAUCUUGCGUGUUGAGAUUUUACUGUUUGUGAAGAAGUUCUCAGCUUCUUCCUGAGAUGUCUCUGCACUGGAUGCUUUUAUUGGAUUAUAGAAGCUAAGUCACAUGCCCUGCCUCAGGAUCCUGCCAUAGUCCUCACAUUGCUUGAAAACUCACAGCUCUUCAGUGUAAUCUCAAUAAAGAUCCAUUUUCUGAACAUGGCUGCUGCUGCACUCGUCACAGAAAACUUUAAGUUUGUGUCCCUGUUCUUCAAGAGUAAAGAUGUUAUGAUCUUCAAUGGUCUCAUUGCUCUGGGCACUGUGGCCGGCCAGACUGCAUACAAUGUUUUUGCCUUUCACUGUCCGUGUUCCUCUGGUAGGAACUAUUGCUACGGCCUGGCUGCCAUCGGUGUUCCAGCACUGGCAUUUUUCCUUGUAGGGAUAAUGAUGAACAAGAGUACCUGGGACUUGGUGUCCGAGUGUCGGCUUAGAAGGUGCCGGAAGUUGUCAGCAGCUGCCGCCUUUGCACUGGUGGGAACCAUCAUUGGUCGAGCUGUGGUGGCUCCUCUAACGUGGGUGGUUAUCUCUUUGCUGCAGGGUCAAGCAUACACAUGUGCCCUCAGUGAGUUUGUUAAUGCCAGUACCCUGCAGAGUUUCCCCUCAGGUCAGGGGUCAGAGGUCAUGGCAAAACUCCCAUGUGAAGGAAGUGUUCCACCAGAGCUGCAACGCUUCUGGGCUGAAAUUGAGCGUCGGCUGAAAUAUGAAUCUCAGAUUAUAGGCUGGCUGCUGGUGGCAGGACUGUCUUUGACUGUGUUCCUAAUGCUCUGUAUGAAAGGCUGCUCCUCUCCACUUGGCUACCGGCAGGAGGACUACUGGUCCCAGUAUCGCUCUAAUGAGAAGUCACUGUUUGAACGCACUGCUUCAGUCCACGCCCGCCUCCUGGCUGCAGAGAACGUUAAGAGCUUCUUUGGAUUUGUGGCACUGGAGAAAGAAGACAAGGAGCAGCUGGCUGACUAUCAGACUGCUAGUCCAAUCUGCAGCACCAACUGGAACAGAGUUACAGGGGUCUACCUCUACAGGGAGAAGAAUGGGCUUCCUCUGUACAGCAGGCUCAACAAAUGGGCCACAUACACCCUGGAGAAUAAUGUGGAGGCCAUGGAGAAAGAGAUGGACGUACUCAGCUGACAGAUCAGAACAGUACCUCUGCCCUUUUCCCUCCACCUUUUCCUAUGUUAAAAGUUUGUUUAAUAAUUUUGAUUUGAUUGUCCUUGGAAGUUACUAAACAAUACCUUAUGAAAACUCAUCUGUUUGAGGCAUUCCCUUUCAGAGCCAGAAAGUAGCAAAUUAGAAAAUGCAAGAAAAAACAAAAAACCUGUCAGAAUUUGAAAAUAUAUAGCGCACCUCUAUCACUCUUUCCUUGUUUUAAGAUCUUCCCACAACAUGAACAUGACAGUCAAGCUAAGAGCUAAUAGAAGUAUUCACAGCUUCUUUGACAUCACAGGUCAGAGAGGUUAUGAUACUUAUUCAUGAAUCUCAUACUCUCAUUUCAAGUAAUAAUAAAUGUAGCUAAUCAAGAAUAAGAUGGGCAAAUAACUUAUUAUCCAAGGUUUACUCUUGUCAGAAAAUCUGAACUUUGUAAAUGUGUACAGUCCUAAUAUAGAUGAUCCAGGCUUUUUUUUUUUUUUUUUUAAAUAACAAAACUGUUUCUUACUCUCUAAACACAUCCAGGGCAACAUGCAGUAGCAGGACAUUUAAAUUGCCUGCCUGAUCCAAUCCUACACUCUAUCUGUAACUCUAAAAAGGCACAACAAAAAAGACAAUAUUUGGAGGAUAAAAUUUGAAUCCUGCAAGAAAAGGUUUGUCAUAAACUUGAACCUAAAAUAGAAAAAGAACUACUAAUUUUGAGAGUGAAGUAUGACAAGCUAGCAGCCUCCAGAGCAGCUGCAAAUCUCUCUAGACUCAAACAACCAUUUUUUGAGGUGAUAAAGCAGGAAACCCUGCUACAACCAAGGAUACUCCUUAUUUGACAGAAAUGGAAGCUCUGUGUCCAAGAUUCCCUCUUCCCAUCUAUCUGCACUUUGAAAAAACUAUAGACAGACCAGCAAGCCAAUAGUUAGACAUUUUAUUCAAAUCUGGUGUGAUGCAAGAAAAAUAUCUAAAAGAACCAAAUUCCCUAUCACAAUACAGCCCAAUAUGGGAUAAGAGCUGAUGCUACAUUUAAAAUCUGGGCCUCUAGAGGACUCAAAAAGCAAAUUCUGAUAUUAUGAUGUCUUUUGAACAACUGAAGAAGAAGUUUAAUCUGGACACUUUUUAAAAUUCCUACAACUUAGAAGCUUUGUAAAAGUAAAUCAGAACAAUAUAUUUAUUAAACUCCAACAAUCACUCAUUGAAGCAUUGAUAACAAAGGGCAGAUUUAAAAUAUGCUCACAUCUUGCUCAUCUGAGAGCUCACAUAAGUUGCGUGCUUGGAAGGAGGAUCUGGAAACUGAAAUUUCAGCAGAGGAACUGAAAUCAGCCUGUGCUGCAUCUCAUACUCAGACAAUAAACGCAUGGCUCAGACUAAGUCAUUAUAACUGGCUGAUGCAAACAUAUGAUACUCGUGCAAAGCUAAAUCAGUUCAAUAAAAAUAUACCAAACAUAUGCACUAAAUGCACAUAGGUCAACUUGCACUGUUUCACUGUGUCUGGCAAUGCCGAAGCAUUAAAACAUUUUGGGAAGAGGUAAGAGCUACCUGUGAAAGGAUUAUUUCAAAAAGAAUUCCAUUGGAUCCUAAACUGCUUCUACUUAAUGUGUAUCCAAAAGGACACAAUUAAAAGAAAAACAAGCAAAGAUUUAUGGACCUCAGUAUUCUAACUGCUAAAAAGGUAAAAGCCCUGUUUUGGCAGAAGGUUCACAAACCAGCAAUGGACUGGAAUUGCUAUCUGUUUGUUGGAAAGGAGUGUUUCUUUUUUCUUUUUUGGCAUACUCUAUAUUUCUUUUCUUUUUUUCUCCUUGUAGUUAUAUUUUCGGGAUGUAUAUGUUUGUAAAAAAAAAUAAAAUAAAUAACAAUAUUUUAUACAGAAUAGGGUUCCCUGAGCCCAAUUCUGCAGCUGUACCCUCUUGA